GGCUUAAGACAGAAGAUAGGAAAUGUUAGAAAGCUCUAUGUUAAAGAAUGGAACAUUAUCAAUCUGAAAAUCCCUAUGGUUCUAAAAGUUGAUUAGUGCAAUGAAAUUAAUUGAAUUGCUCGCAAAAUAUGCUCACUAAUCUUGAUAUAUUUAACUAAGUGAAAGCUUGAUAACCUUUGAUGCCUUCAAUGUUGAUUCGAGAAUCGCCAUCAUCAAUACAAUCCUAUUUGUUAUCGCCAUUCCUUGUAACCAGUGUUACCAUAUUUUUCAUUUACCUAACCCAAAAUGUUUUAAGUGAUGAUUUGCCUACUUGCCAACCGUCUGACUUUCAAUAUGCUUUCACUGAGUGUGACAAAUAUCAAGGCCGCUAUCGAGUCUCUAUACCCAUUUCACCGGGUAAAUGUGUUGGUGGAGCUCCAAAUGCUCCUGUGCGGGUUAAUUCAUGCUAUACCUCCUGUGAACGUGGAACCUUUUUCAACUCAACUAGCCUUACCUGUGAACCCUGCAAAGCUGGUUAUUAUUCAUUAGGAGGAGGAAUUAGAUUCACUUCAUUCAACCAGGCAAUUUUAAAUAACUCAGGUUUUGUCAUAACAAAAUCAGACGAUUCAAAAAACUGUUCAGGGUGGCGUGUUAACAAUGGUAUUCUUGAAAAUCGACCAGAUGAAGCCCACUUAACUUGCACUUCAAUAUUAUCAUACUCAGUGAAGAUUGUUAAACAAGGGAAAAUUAAAUUCAAAUAUCAGUUUAUUGGACCAGAUGAUCCGAGUUUGUACAUAUUCUUUACCUUUCUGCAUUUAAAUUUGAAGGAAUCUCGAGGCAGUUAUAACAGAUGGAAUGAUAAAAAUAGUAAGGAACUCAGUGCAACCAGAGACAAAUCAAAGUGGAAAACUAUCACUUUAGAUUUACUGGAACCAGGUUAUUAUUCAUUUGUUUGGCGAACCUUAUUCUAUGGAAAUGUUCAAAGUAGAUUAUCGUCAUCAAUGUAUUUCCAAAAACGCUCCAGUCAUGAAGAGAGAAGUUAUGAACAAUUUCAAGAGGAAACUAAAAGAAAUGACCAUUCUAUGAAAGAAUCAAUUAUUGAUGAAAAAUCAGUGCUGUCAAAUGAGCUUGGAGUGGUCCGAAUCCGGUCUAUUGAAGUUUAUGGAGUAUCUUAUACAUCUGAAUGUUCACCUUGUGAACCAGGUACUUACAAUGAUGAACCUAAUUCUGGUCACUGUAAAUUUUGCCCAAAAGAUACUUACACAGAAGAGUAUGGAUCAAGUCAAUGUAAAUCAUGUGAUAAUCAAUCAUCAUUUGCAUUUGUUGGUUCUUCCAAAUGUCUCCCAAGACCAUCUUGUACAAGCAAUGAUUAUUUUGAAACAGUUAGCUCAUGUGAUUUAAAAACUCGAUCUCGACUUCGUCAAUAUCAUUGGAUUGAACCAAAAAUAUGUUCAGAAGCUUCAGUCAGACUUCCAGUUGCUCGUCAAGAGCCUUGUGAUCCUCACAAAGAAGCCAAUGGAGAAGCUGAAUGUAGUCCUGGAAUGGAACUGGUCAAUGACACUUGUAUUCCUUGUCAAGAAGACGAGUAUAACGAUGGAACUCUUUCUCGAUGUAAACAAUGUCCACCCACAACCUCGCCAGUUUACUCUUUUGUCCUAAACACCUGGAAACAUCCUUUAGGUUUACCCGGAAAUGGUCCACUCAGUCUUAGUUAUAACUGUAUAUCUAACAAUUUUAACGAACAUGAAUGUACUGAUAAACAACCAGCUUGGGCUUUUGUACCUGGUUCACCUUCUUACAUACGAUCAUCAACAACUGCUACACCAAACUCUUUCUUGAUUCUCACUCUGAAUCUGGUUGGCUUUCGAUCUUAUGGAGGUGGUAAAUUAAGCUUUAGAUUUGAAAUGUUUUGCCAACCCGAUGAUGAUUGUGAAUUUUUUUUACUUAACAUCAAAAGUAUUCUUGAUGAUCAGAGAUUUAUCAUUCAGAAACAAUGGGAUUCAAGUACAAUUGGAGUUCGUGAGCAUUCCAUAACUAUUACUGAAAAUGUUACUUUUUCACUGAAAUGGCUUUUUUCAAGACAAUCAAUGGCGAGUCAUGUUCGGAUUUAUCAAAUAAUUUUAACCAAUGCUCUAUUUUCUGGCGCAAUAGAGUGCAAGCCCUGUCCAUUGGACAUAGAAUCAGAUUGUAUCCCUUGUCCAAUAGGCCAUUAUAUUAACACAUCAAGUGCUUUAUCUCAGGAAAAUUGGAAAAGUAUCGAAAAAAACUUGACUAAUCGAGAUAAGCGUGCAUUAUUGUCCACAACAGUGAGUCAAUCAAACUCUGCCAAGAAGAUGAAUGGACUCAAUAAAAUAGAUUCAAAACAAAUUAACUCAACGCUAGCUAAAUGUGUUCAAUGUCCAGCCAACACUAUUAUAAACAAAUCUCUCCAAUUUCCAAUAGGAUUAGACCAAUCAUGCAUCUCUUGUGGCCCUGGACUGGUUUCAUCAGAGGAUCGGUCAUUUUGUUAUAACGAUUGUAAUCUUGUAUUAGGAUCUGAAGUUUUUAAUUUGUCAGCCAUCAAUUCAACUUUAUCAAUGAAAGGAGCAACUAUAUUCGCAGAUGGUGGUGGUUACUAUCAUUUAUUUAAUUUAAGCCUCUGCGGAACCAAAGGAGUAACAUGUAUCAACAACUUCACCGAUUUAGAUGAAUUUGAUUUUAAAAAUACCAUAAUUCGAUCCCAAGUUUGCAGAUCAACUAUUGUUACGAGGAUGAAUGUAUCAACUCAAUCAGUACCUUUAGGUGAUGAGAUUGUCGCUGUAACCCGUGAUACAGUUUACGAUUCCAUUUCUGUUCACCCAGAGUUUAACAAUACUCGAAGUGAUAUACACAUUUACCUAGUCACUCGGAUAACAACUUCAACUUGUAUUAAAGGACAUUCAACUGUAAUCACACUUCGUUGUGAGCCCAGCCUUGAAAAUGAAUUUGUCCUGACUUCACCUAAAUCUUGUCCCGAUGGAACCUGUGAUGGAUGUAAUUUUCAUUUUAUGGUCAAAACUCGUACUGCAGCUGCCUGUAGAGUCUGUAAAGAUGAUGAUUAUGACACUGUGGUUACCGAAUGUAUCGAUGGACAUCAAGAGAUACAUUAUAUUAAUCCUCGUGGUUGUAUCAUUACGCCGUCCGGGGAUCAGAUGGUCAAACAUCGAGCUUGCUCAAUGAUUCCGAGACCACUCAAAAUGGCCAUAAUUGCUAUUGCUCUUAUCGCCAUGAUUUUGAUAGCUUUGGUGUUUCACUUUUGGAAGAUUAACCGUAAAUUGGAAUAUAAAUAUUCCAAGUUGGUGGAAAACAAAAAUACAGCUGAAUGUUGUGCUAUGGAUGAUGAAGAUGAAGAACCCGAGAUUCGAGUUCGAUCUCAUAAUAGAAAAGAUAAACACAAUUCAUCUUCCGAUUACGAGACGAUUCAGUUAACCAAACACUCUCAAGACGAUGUUUUGUAACCCAAAUCACCAGAAAAACCUGCGAUUGUCAUUAAUUUUGCUUUCUUUUCUAAACAAUUAUUCAGCUUUAUAUACUUCUUUUUGAAUUAAUAUCCUCUUUAUUAUAAUAUAUAUAAUGAAUUUGACGAUUCUCCAUGAUAAUGACACGUAUUAAUGAUGGUCGCACACAUUAUGAUCCAAAUUGUGAUUCUAUUAAUUGAUGAUCUCAUACAUAAUUUAUAUUUUUUGUCUCCUCUAAAAUGAUUGAACGUUUAUUUACAGAUACAAAAAAAUUGACUGUUUUUUUAUUCUCAUGGUUUUCAUUGCUGUUAUUCAAUUACAUUUAAUUUUGUCAAUCAUAAUACAAACUACUUUUGUUCAAAUUAUUGAUCAUUACAUUAAUUUAAUUUCUUAUCUAUCUUUAGACACAUGUUUUUAAUUUUGGUUGAAUUAUUAAUACAUUACCAAGCCUUCUAGAUAUCCUCAAUUGUUCAACCUUUUAGUUUCUAUUAUUUCGAGAAAUCGAUAUUUUCUCAAUUGAAAUGAAAACCUUAAUCUACU